AUGGAAAGCUCAACAAGGUCUCGACCACCAUCAUCAGCCAAUAGCACAUUAUUCAACCGGUCUAGUGAUAAUAUCAUAGAUUUAGAAUUUAGACAUCCAGUUCUCAUUGAAACAUCAGAGAAAACUGAUCAGAAACAGAAUGGAACCAAUGGUACUAGGCGCCGAUUUGCUGAUUUGAGAAAGAAAGUUUCGACGACAACGAAGACUUCGGUGACUGAAACAGAAAAAGUGACGACUACAAGGAGGAGUAGCAGUGCUCACAGUACAUCUUCUAGAAGAAGUUAUGGAAAACCGGUAGUUAACACUCUCUAUUACCGAAAGUUUGUUGAUGAAGAAACGAAAGGGGGAGAUGAAGAUUCAAGUGAUUCUGGAAGUGUCGUCAUCCAUCGAGACUCUGUUACUCGUCGUUCUCGCUCUGCAGAUCAUCUUCAGAAGUCUUCAUCUCCAACUAUGUCACCAAUUGCUCCUCCAAGAAAACGGUUGGGAAGAGAAGAGUCAUUGCAUUAUUAUAGAGAUGAUGAAGAAGUGAUUGGAGAGAAAGUUGAAUCUGAACAGAAGAGAAGAGUCACUGUGAAAUCUCCAGAACCUGGAAACACGUCGGUUUCUAUGAAUGAUACUGUGGAGGGACGGAAUAUCACAGCUGGAAUAACUUCAGUUUCAAUGAAUGACACCUGCACCGACACUUCUUAUGAAUCUAGAUUCUCCACUAUUCCGAGAGCAAGAAGUUCACCGCCAACUACUCAUCGAGUGAAUCAUAUCCACGUCAAUGUUAUUGGACCAAUCAGAACUCCAGAAUCAGAAAGAAGACAUAAAGUUGCAGGAAGAGUUGGAGAAGAUAUCACAAUGGAUAUCUACAUUGAAAGAAGGCAUUCAGCUGUUGAUUCCAGAAGAGGAUCUCAUGUAUCACAUGGUUCUGCGGCAGAAGCUCCACCAAAGCCUCCAAGAAGAUCAAAAUAUGAAGAAAACAUCCGAAUUGGAGAACCAAUUGCCACGUCUACACCAAUGACAACAAUCGAAAGAAAGCAGACAAGAGAGGAACGAGUUUCAACAGAAAGUGGUGAAUCAAGUAGGAAAAGUACCAGAAGUGCUCGUCCUCCAGAUAUAAAUAUCAUUGAAUGUGAGACAUUCCUUCGAGAAACAAGGUCUCCAGCCAGAACUCCAGCUACUCCAAUUGUCGUAAUCAAUCAAACUCCAUCAUCCAGAAGAGGAUCUCAAGAUUUACUCGGUGAACCGGGACAACGUCGUCGGAAGAGCACUGUAACAGAUAUCGAUUGGUAUGCUGCAUUCAAUAUGAAGGAUCCAUCUUCACCAACCAAACCAGUUCGUCCUCCAUUCGUAUCUCAUGCAGAUGAGAGAAAAGCGUCAAGAGAUGUGAUGAGACGAAGAGCUUCUGAUUCUUCAAUGAUAGGACUUCCACCUGCUGAUAUUGAUUUGAAUCAGAUCUUUGUUUGUACGGCACCAUAUGAAAUCAAAAAAGAAGAGAAAUGUCAAUGCAAUGCUUGUCGAUUGAUUCGAAUGUCGGAAGUUGAGAGGGAAUCUCGAAUUGAAAGAGCUAGUCGAUCAAGACAGAGUCGAUCUUUCACAAGAAUGACUGAAUACGAAACUCGAGCAAGCACACUGCCAUCUAGAUACCGCACAUCUCCAGUUACCAUUGAAUUGGAAGACAUCUUCAAUCCGAAACCAUCAUCACCUCCUGCUAUCAAUACGAAGCCACCAACGCCUCCAGCUCGUCGUCGUCAUGCACCAACUUCUCCAACACCGCCGCCAUCCCAAUCAUCCUUCGUUGAUGAGCCGUCACCACUUCCACCAUCGCGCCAUCUUGUCACCUCUACAAUCGAUCGGAAACAGGUGACGCCGGUGACUACUAACUCGAGGGAUUCUGGUUCUCAGUUGCAUGAAAAUACUCGCAAUCAGUUGCUUAACUCUCCUGACGAUUGGGUUGGUCAGAUGAUGAACGACGCUAAUGAAUGGGAAAAUAGAGUAAUUAGUCGAAAGUCCUCAGUUUUAUCAACAUCCUCCUCGACGGCUAGAAAAGUUUCAGUGGCUAGACGGAUUAGUGUAGACGAAUUGAGAAAACCAGAGAAGAGAAAGUCUCGAGAAGCAGUUCCUUUGCCACCUUCUGAUGUCAGUAUUGAUGAUAUUUUCACUGCUUUGAAUCCGAAAAGACAAGAAGUUCCGAAGAAUACCGAAAAGAAAACAUUCAUUGUAACUAGGAAACAAAGAGCUCAAGAUGUGGAUGUCAUUGAUUUUGAGAAGGAUCGUAAAUCACCAGUGGCACCUCCAAGAAGCAGAAGCACUGGAAGAACUCACACAUCAGAAGCCACAAUCACAAUGGGCGGCACAACUGAAACCCAGGACAAAGAAGACAAGAAGAUCAAGCAGAGAGUCAAAGAUUUCAGCGAGGAAUUGAUCAGAGAUGAGAAAUUCAUUGAUAAAAAAUCCGAUAUCAGAAACACAGAAGGUUCUACAGAUAAAGUCUUCAAACCAUCAAGCGUAGAAAUAGAGAUUCCACUCAAUGAAGAACCUGUUACAUCAACUGCUUCAAUAAAGAUGAGGCCAUCUGAGGAUAAAGAAGAACGCCUGAGACAGGUUGAGUCACCAGUACCAUCCGAUCAUGUGGCUCCAGGCAACGUUGAAUCAGAAAAGAAGGAGAACAGAACAUCCGCUGUCAGCAUUGACUUGGACAAAGUAUUUGUUGAAGGAUCAAUCAGAAAAUCUGAUAAUGACGUGUCUGAUGAGAGAAUUCGUCGUGGAAUUGAGGAGUUCGAGAAAGUUAAGCAAGAGAAGGAAGCACAAAGAAGUGGAGUCGUCGUGACAACUCAUUCCGGCAAACAGCGUUUCGAUCAGUCUGAUAUAUCUAUGGAUGAUGUAUUCAACACUUCUCAGCAAAAACAUCAGACUUCCCAUGAAAUCCAACGACCGGAACAAGCAGAAUCCACGACUGUCGUCUCAUCAGAUAAACCAACGGAGUCGGCUAGCUUCAAUUUAGAUAAUGUUUUUGUGACAACUGAUAGCAGAAAACCAGAAGAUGAUGAGGAAGAGCGACAUAUUCAAAGAAGAAUCGAGGAGUUCAAAAAAACUGAAGAGGAAAAGAAGGCCCAGAGGACAACAGAAUCUAUUUCUUCUUCUCAUCACCGAAUCUUCGAUGACUCCAAAAUCUCGAUGGACGACGUCUUCAGUUCAUCGAAACCAGAACAAGAAGAUUCCGCGGAGAGAAGUAAACCGGAUGCUGAAACAUCCACCGCGACGGCAUCGGCCGAGUCUAAGGAAUCAGCCAGCAUCAAUUUGGAAGGUGUUUUCAUAACUGAAAGAAAUAAAAAAGCUGAGGAAGUUGAUGAAGAAGAGCAUAUUCGACGAAGAAUCGAAGAAUUCAAGAGAGCUGAGGAAGAAAAGAAGAUUCAAAGAGCUACAGAGUCACAUUCUUCUUCCCACAUAAUCUUCGAUGAAUCCAACAUUUCAAUGGACGACGUUUUCAAUGUAUCUCAAACUGAGCGAGAUUCUUCGACUGUCAAUAAGAAACCAACGGAAGAGGAGGAGGAAGAUCAACGUAUUCAAGAGAGAAUCGAAGAAUUCAGAAGAACAGAAACAGAGAAAGAGAGUCAAAGAACAACAGAAACUCAUGCCUCUCACAGAAUCUAUGACGAUUCGAAUGUUUCAAUGGAUGACGUAUUUGGUUCAGAGAAUAAGACUGAUGAGAUCACAGUUCCAAAAGAAGAACCAAAAGAGACUUUGACUUCUUCUAUCACCAUGAGACCUCCAGAUGCUAAAACAACUGAAGUUUCUACACCAACAACGGAACCAGAGAAAGAAAACAGCCGAACUUCGGCUGUCAGCAUCGACCUGGACAAGGUGUUUGUUGAAGGAUCAAUCCGAAAAUCUGAUGAUGACGUGUCUGAUGAGAAAAUUCGUCGUGGAAUCGAAGAGUUUGAGAGAGCCAAGCAAGAGAAGGAAGCUCAGAGAAGUGGAGUUGUUGUGACUACUCACUCAAGUAAACAUUUGUUCGACGAAUCUGAUAUUUCAAUGGAUGAAGUUUUCAACACUUCUCGGCCUAGUCAAGAUUCUACUGUUGAAGUUGAAAGACCGACACAAACAGAAUCAGUCAACAUAGUCUUGAACGAUGAGUCAAUAGAGCGAGAAGAACGGCACAUCCGAGAAAGAAUAGAAGAGUUUGAGAGGGCUGAAGAAGAAAAGAAGAUUCAAAGAACCAUCGAGCCUCAUUCUUCCCACCACUUUGAGACUGGUAUGCAGAAGUCUCAAAUUCCAAUGGAAGACGUGUUUAAUGCAGAUAAUAAGGAAGUCGAAGUUGUUAUUCCUUUGAAAGAUUCUUCUGAUGAUACUGCUUCUGAUGAAGAAGCCGCCCGUUCUGAAGUAUCAGCUUCCAAACCUGUGACUUUUUCCGAAGAUGUUGAUACGGAUGACAAGAAGGAGGAACACAGAAAAUCCGCUGUCAGCAUCGACCUGGACAAAGUAUUUGUUGAAGGAUCGGCCGGGAAAUCUGAUAAUGACGUGUCUGAUGAGAGAAUUCGUCGUGGAAUUGAGGAGUUCGAGAAAGCCAAGCAAGAGAAGGAAGCACAAAGAAGUGGAGUUGUCGUUACAACUCAUUCAAGCAAGCAUCUCUUUGAUCAGUCCGAUAUCUCUAUGGAUGACGUCUUCAACACCUCUCGAUCUCAAGACGAUUCCACUACAGAUAAACCAGAAGAUCGGGAAGAAGAACACAUCCUAGAGAGAAUCGAAGAAUUCCAACAAGCCGAAGAAGAAAAACAAACUCAAAGAUCUAUCGAGCCUCAUUCUUCCCACCAAAGCAUUGAAGUCGAGUUAGACCAAUCAUCAAUUUCAAUGGACGAAGUUUUUAGUUCUGAAAACAAGGAAACAGAAAUCGCCAUUCCUUUGCAAGGAUCAACUGAUAAUGAAGCAAGAGAACCUUCAGAAGACGAUAACUCUACUCCAUCCAACUCAUCGCCUGUUGCUUCGAAAGGAAUUGAUGAGAAGCAUACAGAAAAAAGAAAAUCUUCCGUCUGUAUUGACUUGGACAAAGUAUUCGUUGAAGGAUCAGCUUCAAAAUCAUCAAAUGAUGUUUCUGACGAAAAAAUUCGAAGAGGAAUUGUAGAGUUUGAAAGAGCUAGGCAAGAGAAGGAAGCUCAGAGAAGUGGAGUCGUCGUGACAACUCAUUCAAGUAAACACCUUUUCGAUGAAUCUGAUAUUUCGAUGGAUGAUGUCUUCAAUAUUUCUCGAUCUGGACAACAUUCGACUGUAAAAGUUGAAAGACCUGAACAGACGGAAUCAGCAACCAUCACUUUGAAAGAAGAGCAGAUAAAUCAAGAAGAGAAACACAUCCGAGAAAGAAUUGAAGAGUUCCAACAGGCUGAGGAAGAAAAGAAUAUUCAACGAACAACAGAAGAUAAUGUGUCGCAUGAACACUUCAAAUCCGACUUGAGUGAAUCGAACAUCUCAAUGGACGACGUCUUCAACACUUCUCAACAAACCCAUAUACCAUCUUCUGAGAUAUCGUCGUCAUACUACAACAUAUCUGAAGAAGUGAACUCUCCGGAAGUCAAAUCUAAUACGAGUAAGAAAUUCGAUGAGUCCAACGUAUCAACGGAUGAUGUAUACGGAGCUACCGUUUCAAACGUCAAAAUGUCUGAAGAUGAAAACACCACAUUGUCAUAUUCACUGGAUGACCCGAAGAUCGAUGUGACAACUGAUGAAGAGGAAACGACAAGGAAUAAGACCACUACUCGCACGGAAACCGAAACAGAUUCAUCCACUAGAAGAUAUUAUAGAACGGAUCAGCCAUCGUCAUCAACCGGAAACGUAAUUUCAACGGGUACUAUUCAACUUGAUAAUACAGAUGGAGCCGAGAAGAAUAACGACGAUUCAGUUACUUCUACAGCCUUUUUCAACUUGGAUGACAUUUUUGUAAAAGGAGUUGGAACUUCUCGAAAAGAAGAUGAUGAGAAGAAGAUUCAGAGAGGAAUAGAAGAAUUCCAGAGAGCAAAUCGAGAGAAAGAAUCACAAAGAUCUUUGAUUUCGGAACCGUCUCAUUCGAGAAAGAUCACCUUUGACGACUCUAGCAUUUCAUUAGAUGAUGUUUUCAAUUCAACCAAAAUGAAGGACACUGAACAUUCACAUGAUGAACCUGUUAUUACAUCUUCUUCCUCUAUCCGAAUGAUACCAUCUGAAGAGAGAGUUAGAGACGACCCAUCUAGACCUCAGCCAGAAAACACAGAAAACAAAAAGGAGGGAAACAGAACAUACGCUGUCAGCAUCGACCUGGAUAAAGUAUUUGUUGAAGGGUCGGCCGGGAAAUCAUCAAAUGAUGCUUCUGAUGAGAAGAUUCGUCGUGGAAUUGAAGAGUUCGAGAAAGCCAAACAGGAGAAGGAAGCUCAAAGAAGUGGAGUUGUCGUGACAACUCAUUCAAGUAAACACCUUUUCGAUGAAUCUGAUAUUUCAAUGGAUGAUGUCUUCAACAUUUCUCAACCUGACCAACAUUCGACUGUAAAAGUUGAAUCUCCAGAACAGACAGGAUCCGAUAAUAUAAUUUUCAAAGAUCGGCAGAUAGAUCAAGAAGAGAAACACAUCCAAGAAAGAAUUGAAGAGUUCCAAAAGGCUGAGGAAGAGAAGAAGAUUCAAAGAACCACCGAUGAUCAUGAUUCUCAUGAACACUUUGAAUCCGACUUCAAUGAAUCCAAUAUCUCUAUGGAUGAUGUUUUCAAUACGUCCAUUUCGAGACAAAAUUUGUCAGCCCAUCGCUCUCACAAGUCGCUGGCUCCCACACCUGAGAAACCCGGAAACUCUGCCGGCCUCACCAUGGAUAGCGUUUCUGUACCGAGUGGUAGCCUCCAAUCAGAUGAAGCGCAUGAUGAGGAAAAACACAUCCGACAAAGAAUUGAGGAGUUCGAGGAAGAGAAGAAGAUUCAAAGAACCGUUGAGCCUCAUUCUCCCAUUCACCACCAUAUAUUCGAAGAAUCAAACAUUUCAAUGGAAGAUGUGUUCAAUAUAUCUCAACAAAAGCCGGAAAACGAGAUCGAUGAAGAAGGAAAACAUAUUCAAAGAAGAAUCGAGGAAUUCAAAAAAGCUGAAGAAGAAAAGAAGGCCCAGAUGACAACAGAGUCUCAUUCUUCUUCUCGUCACCGAAUUUUUGAUGACUCUAACAUCUCCAUGGACGAUGUGUUCAAUACUAGCUCUUCUUCCAGACAAGGAUAUACUUCACAAAUGUCGACGACUCCAGGAUUCAUAAAAACAACAUUUGACUCUGAGAAAACCACAACGACGACAGCAACUCGAACUGAAACUACUUCUGAUUCAUAUUCCAAGAAAACUAUUACCUCUCUCGAUGAUCUAUUUGGUCCACAAACUGCCACUCCUCCAGUCAUUUCAAUCUCUGCCAUAUCACUUGAUCCCUCCAAUCAGCCAUCAUCUUCACCUACUGCUCCUCCACGUAAACAUCAGAAUCUCUCUUCCCUUUUGGUGCCUGGUAAAUGGAAUGAGUCGAUGAUGUCAAAUGCAUCAACAAUUAGCCUCGAUGAUUCCUUCAACAACUCUUUUGUCAAGUCAGGAAACUCAACUGUCUACGAACCGAAACUGAGAAAACCGUUGAGUCUUCCAGUUGAUAACUGGAUUGAUAAUAUGGUAUCAACUAUGACUGAUGAGGCAACGAAAGAAGCUCCGAAAACACCAAAAACACCAAUGACUCCAGCCGAAAACUAUUAUCGAUCACCAACGAGAAUAAGCCAGGAGAUCAAGUAUGAAUGGGUUGCAAAGUUGAUUGAAGAUGACGAAGAUAAGAAGAAGACAGAAGAAAAAGAAGGAGAUCAAUCAGAAGAAGAACAUCUUCAGAAGCAGGAUAACACCUGGGUGUCUAGUGUUGUGUACCGUCCAACAUUGGAGACAAGUGCUUAUACUCUGAGAGCAAGUCAGCUGGAGCCAGAACACAAGAGAGAAGAUAUUGACAUGGAUCGAGUGUUCGAUGAGUGUCUGAUGGGAAAGAAGAAGGAUGACGAGAUCUGCGAAUGCUCAGCUUGUCGGCUGACAGAGCAAGAGUUGGAGGAAUUGAAAAAGAGAAAGAUCGAGAAUGAAAACAAGGCAAGAGAAGAGAGACAGUCAGUGCAGUACGAGACGAGACACGUGACUGUUACGAAUCCGUCUGAUAUUUCAAUUGAUGACGUUUUCAAUCCAGAAGUACAACUGAGCAUUCAAACCGAUCAUGUUCAAGUUCCAUCCACCUCCUCCCCGCCAAUUCAAUCCACUCGAACAUAUUACAUUUCUCCGAAAGUCUCAGAGACCGUGACAACAACGCAUCAAUGGAAAGAUGCUGAUAUUUCAAUGGAUGAGAUAUUCAGUCCAGUGUCUUCGACUACUAAUGAGAAUAGAAGAUUCUCGAAUUUCUAUGAAGACCGAAGUGGGUGGGACACGAUAGGAAGUGAGGAUAGUGGAGUUAUGUCAGGAGGAGAUAGAGGCAGGAGACGGUCCACGAGAAUUACGGAUCAUGUCAUCGAUGAAGCUUUCAAGGGAAUCUUCGAUUCACAACCAACUACGUCGUCUGCGAUUAUAAAGCUUGAAGAACCAUCGGCACAGUACGAUGACUACUACAUCACUUCUCUCCAUCAAGAUGAGGUUGACAGGAGUGAUUCUGAUGUUGAUGGUGAUAACCUUGAUGUCAGUCAAUUUGUCGAUGAUAUUCUUGGAAAGAGUUUGGAUGAAGCUGCAUUUUUGAGCAGUACCAAGUCACUCAGAGAUUACACAGAUACUUCAAUUGACCGGAAGAAGUCAGGAGACAGAGUACACCCUUACUACCGUACGAGAACUGAUACUUCCAUUGACAGAAGAGUGAAACCAGCAGUGAUAAACGAGGAUUUGGAAACGAUUGAGCAUCAUUCAAACGAUGAAAUCAUGAAGUUGGUGUUCGUUGAUCCAAAUGACCCUUCUAUCUCAAAGUCUGAAUCGCGAAGAAGUCUCAGUUUGCCUCGUAACAAAUCAAUCACAAAACCAAGUGACGAAGAACUUCUGGAGAUUGAAAUCAAGCCAGAAUACUUUAUAAUCAAAGGAUCAUAUUCUCUUCUCAUCCCCAAAUCAGACCCUCUUGGACUCAUGUUGCAGAAACUCCGUGAGCAGAACGAUUCAUUAGCCACUUUGGACUUUUCAUUGACAAGAAAAUUGAAAAAGUUGCUGGUAGAUUGUAUCAGGGAGAGAGCUGGUUGUUUGGAUAUGACAUCUGCUUCAUCGAAAUAUGAAGGCCUUCUCUCGUCUCGCGGUCAAAGUUUAAUCGAGUCCAUCGACUACGCAUCGGCCACUUUUUUGAAGAUGAACGUGGACAAGUACGAGCCGACACGCAAUCCAAAUGGAGUCGUUAACUUCUGCACUGCCGAGAAUAACAUCUGCACUCCUCUUUUAGAAGAGCGGUUCAAACAUCUUGAGCUGUUUUUCCCAAACACCGAACAUCUUGUGAGAUAUCCGCCAAGCGGGGGAUGGCCAGAGGCUCGGGAAGUGCUGGUCAAAUACUUCAAAGAGUUUAUGGGAGCUAGAGUGACUGUGGACGAGUUGGCAUUGACACCUUCUACUCGAACUGGUUAUGAUGUUACGAGUUAUUGUUUGUUUGAACAGGAUGAUAUUCUUCUGACCAAUGGACCUGUUUACGCUGGAACAGUUUCGAAUGUUCAGGAAAAAGCUCAGUGUCAGGUGGCUUGUGUGGAGACUGAUCUUUCGAAUCCGCGUCUUGAUGUGAAAAUGUAUGAGGAAGAAUUAAAUCGACAAAUUGCCCUCGAGAAUACAGUAUCUGGAGUGAUAAUUGUCAAUCCACACAAUCCACUUGGAGUCACUUUCCCACCAGAAGAAGUUGUCAAUUUAUGCAACUGGGCUGCUUCGAAAAAUCUGCACGUAGUCAUCGAUGAAGUGUUCGCCAACUGUGUCUUCGAUAAAUCAAACUCAAAGUUCCGCCCGUUCCUUUCCUACCGUCAUCGUGUUCAUCGCCCAGAGAAUGUUGCUUGGUUAUGGAGUGUCAGUAAGGAUUUCGGAUUGCCUGGUCUUAAAUUUGCAGUUAUUCAUUCGGCAAACAAAGGUCUUCGUCAAGCUGCAACUAAACUUCAGAUGUAUUAUCCAUGUUCUCCAUUUGUUCAAGAUUUUGCAAUCAACUUGUUGUCAGAUUCAGAGUGGCUUCGUGAAUUCCAUACCGAAGUGAAUAGACGCAUUUCAAUUCACUAUCGUUACACUACUGAAAACUUGGAAAGACUGGAAAUCCCAUUCGUUCCAGCUCAAGCAGGAAUCUUUGUUUUUGCUGAUUUCUCAAAGCAUUUAUCCUCAAAUAAUUCUGCUGGCGAACUCGAACUAUUUGAUCGUAUCGCCUCUGCAGGUGUGAUGUUAACUCCCGGUGUUCAUCAGAAAUGCCACGUGUUCGGAUGGUUCCGUAUCGUUUUUGCGUGUACAAAAGAAGAGCUUGAAGAAGGAUUCAGAAGACUUUUCGUACAUCUUGGAAGUCAUCUUCAUCCAAUUGGAACUGUUCAUUAUGAUAAUUAA